GUUUAUUUUCAAAAAAAUUUCCGCCCGAAAAUGGUAACCAACGUUUCUUUCCAUAACAGAGCGCGAAACCCAAAUUCAGUGUACCAAAAAUUGCUCUCACUGCCGUCUUUGCAAUUAAUUCCCUUAUAGACGAUGUCGUAAUGUUUGUUCUUUCGGUCUUUCCCGUUCGUCACAUUCUCCGCCGCGUUAGGGUUCCUCUGAAUUAUUCAAAAUAAUUGUUAGUAAUUUAUUUUCUGAAUCAGUGUUAAUGUCGUCACCGCCGGCGGAAGAGAUUCCAGCGCCGGAAUCAUCGGGUCCUCAUGCCGUUGACUCGAGUCCUCUUAAGUCAACGACUCUGGUGGCGUUGGGAGUGGGAAUUGGGAUCGGAGCAGCAGUUGUGCUUGUAAUCGUAUGCGCUUACGUGGUGUUGCGCAAGGGAAGAAAGAGAGGUGAUCAUUUUGAUCCAGAAAAUCAAUGGAAGCAGAAUACUCCUCUGCCAGGAGGUAAUGUGGGUGGACAGCUCAAUAAUCAUGGUCCCCGACUUGUGAGUCAUAACUCGCGACAGUUCUCUGAUGGUUCAGCGACGCCACCUCCACCUUCUUCAUGCAGCAGCUUGUCAUCCGAGAGGCCAUUGCAACAGUCAUCUUCUGAAGUCACGGCAAGGACAUUUAGCUAUGUUGACUUAGCACUUGCCACUGAUAGUUUCACCAGCGACAACCUUCUUGGUCAAGGUGGUUUUGGAUAUGUGUUCAAGGGUUUCAUGCCUGAUGGAAAAGAGGUUGCAAUCAAGCAACUAAAGAUUGGAAGUGGACAAGGAGAGCGUGAAUUUCAGGCUGAAGUUGAGACUAUUAGUCAUGCACAUCACAAACAUCUUGUUUCACUGGUUGGGUACUGCACAUCCGGGGAGCAGAGAUUGUUGGUAUAUGAGUUUGUUCCAAACAAAACCUUGGAAUACCAUUUACAUGGAGUGGACUGUUCUCCCAUAAACUGGGCAUGUCGGGUUAAAAUAGCAUUGGGAUCUGCAAAAGGAUUGGCAUUUCUGCACGAGGAAUGUCACCCCAAAAUCAUUCAUCGAGAUAUCAAGGCUUCCAAUAUUCUGAUUGAUAACGACUUUGAGGCGAAGGUUGCAGAUUUUGGGCUUGCAAGAUUUUAUCCCGAUACUGAUACUCAUGUGUCCACGCAUGUAAUGGGAACUUUUGGUUACUUGGCCCCAGAGUAUGCCCUCACUGGAAAAUUGACUUCAAAAUCUGAUGUGUUCUCUUUUGGGGUUAUGCUUCUAGAGCUGAUUACUGGACGUCGUCCCAUCGAUAGAUCUCAACACUACCUCGACGAUAAUAUCGUUGAUUGGGCAAGGCCAUUGCUCACACAAGCAUUGGAGGAUGGCAACUUUGAACCAUUAAUUGAUCCUAGGCUACAAAAGGAUUAUGAUUAUAUAGAGAUGGGUCGGAUGGUUGUCUGUGCAGCUGUUUGUGUGCGUCACUUGGCUCGUCGAAGGCCACGAAUGAGUCAGAUAGUUCGAGCUUUAGAAGGGAAGAUAUCUCUGGAGGAGUUAAAUGAUGGGAUGAGACCUGGACACAGUUCAAGAUAUGAUUCUGUUGCAAGCUCUGAAUAUGAAACUGCCAAAUACAAAGAGGACUUGCAGAAAUUCAGGGAGAUGGCAUUAGAAUCCAACAACUCCGGCCUGCUUAACAGCAGCAGGGUAACCAACAACAACUCAGGUGUUCAACCUUCUGCCUCCAGCAGUGAAGGUUUACAAACUUAGUCAAGAGACGCAAUCCAAUGAAAAGAAAAACGUGAUCUGCAGGCAGAUUUGUUGAUUUAGCCAUCUUGGCUGCUCCUAAUCAAAUAUACUAACUACAGUUUUUAUUGUGUGUUAAAAAUAGUUACAUAUAUAGUUGGAUCAAAUGUUGUUUGAAGUUGCCAUAUUGGGAAAGGAAUGAAUUUCCUGUUAACUUUGCACGUUUUGCUAAGCUUGUAAGACAUCUUUUUGCAUCAUCC